AACUCCCUGGCGCCCCGCCCCCUUCGCCCUCCCUGGACCCUCUUCUUUCUACGCCCCCCCUCGGCCUUCUCUCCCCUCACCUGGCGCCGCCAGCUCCUGGGGGACACCCAGAGACCCCGCUCCGCCGCCACCUGCAACCACGAGGUUAUCCCGGGGCCGUUCCGGAAUCGCCCGGAUCGGAGAGGCAGCUGCACCCGGCCUCAGCUACCGCUCCGGAUGCUGGUGCUGCCACUCCCCUGCCCCCAGCCCCAGGCGCUUCUCUCCCUUGAGGCCAUGGAGGCACCGCCCCCUCGGAUAGGCCGGUCCCCAGAGCCAGGGCCAUCCUCUUCCACGGGUUCUCCCCAGACCUCUCCCCCUCAGCGACCCAACCACUACCUGCUCAUUGACACCCAGGGUGUCCCCUACACCGUGCUAGUGGACGAGGAAUCGCAGAGAGGGUCCGGGGCUGAGGGGGCUGCCGCCCAGAAAAAGUGCUACAGCUGUCCCGUGUGCUCGCGAGUCUUCGAGUACAUGUCUUACCUCCAGCGACACAGCAUCACCCACUCGGAAGUGAAGCCGUUUGAAUGUGAUACCUGCGGGAAAGCCUUCAAGAGGGCCAGCCACUUGACGCGGCAUCACUCCAUCCACCGGGCGGGGGGCGGGCGGCCCCAUGGCUGCCCCCUCUGCCCCCGCCGCUUCAGGGAGGCGGGUGAGCUGGCUCAGCAUAGCCGGGUACACUCGGGAGAGCGCCCGUUCCAGUGCCCACACUGCCCGCGCCGCUUUAUGGAGCAGAACACGCUGCAGAAGCACACGCGUUGGAAGCAUCCCUGAGCUGGGCUGGUGACGAUGCCCCAGGUCCCAUGUACUCCCGUGGCCCUCAGAUACCUGAAUACAAAAGCAGAUCAACCUUCUCUUGGAGGCUCCGCCCCGCCGGAAGGAGGGGCCACACGCUAUCUUUGGGUCCUCCACAAGUUUCUGGGGUAUGAUGGGAUCAAACUUCACAGACACAGGGUGGAGGCCUCUGGCCUCAAACACAGGAGAUGCGCGGUGGGGUAGUCCUGACAGGAGGGGUGUGUGUGCAGUGUGUGCAAAUCCUCUGCGACUGGGGGCGACCAGUAAAUCUGCACCGUCUUCCUGGGGCCUCCAUCCAGAUGUUGGGGGAGUGGGCCCCAGACCCGUGUCCCACUCCCAGCCAGGGCCUGAGACUGGACAACCAAUAAACACGGUUCCCACUUUGAGCACUUGGAGUUGGUCUUUGACAAGGGUACAGCCCCAAAGCAGGGAGACUUCAGAAAGUCCUUCACUGGCUUUGGGCCUCAGUGUGCCUGGCUGGGGAAUGGGAAGGUUGGCCUUCUGGCACCGGUUUUAAGUCUGGAGUCUGCUCCUUAUGACCUAUGCCUUGUAGGCAGAUGGUUUUCAAACUUUUGUUUGUUAGCCAAAAUCCACAGUAAGAAACACAUUUUGUGUGGCAACAUGGUAUACCCAAAUCUCCCAGUCAAUUCCAACUCAUGGUGACCUCAUGCGUUGCAGGGCAGAACUGCUCCACAGGGCUUUCAGUGGCUGAUUUUUCAGAAGUAGAUCGCCAGGCCUUACUUCUGAGUCCCCUCUGGAUAGACUUGAACCUCUAACAUUUCAGUUAACAGCUGAGCACUUAGCUGUUUGCACCACCCAGAGACUUGUAACAUGGUAUACCAAAAAAAUCAACCAGUUGCCUUGGAGUUGAUUCCAACUCAUAGCGACCUUAUAGGACAGAGUAGAACUGCCCCAUAGAGUUUCCAAGGAGUGGCUGGUGGAUUUGAACUGCGGACCUUUUGGUUACCAGCUGACCAAUUAAUACAGAUACACAAAAUAUAUGUGAAACAGAAGUUCCUUUAACAACAGGUAUGUUACUACGUGCAGGGCACUCUGAUACUUUUUAAUGUACUAAUGUAAAUUGCUGAUUCCCACUAUAUUGAAUUCUCCGCCCAUGAACCGGUAGUUUGAAAAACACUGAUCUAGGGCAGGAGGCUCCCCUUGGACUUUUUGAUCUGGCUGCAAUAUAUCCGUAAAGUGAGGGAGCAGGGAGGAGGAGUGUGGUCACAACUUUCUAUGUGGCACAAACAUUUAGAGUCUCCCCCUGCAAACAUUUACAUUCUCUUUCCCUCAUGCUCUCAUAAGGGCUGGUAAAAUUCCAGAACAUGGAUACUAAUGAAGACCAGAGAAUGAGACGCAGGUGGAAUUGUGCUGCAAGCGUAAUAAAUAGCUGCCUUCUUCAUUAAUUUUCCUUGCAUGUCCAUUCUGUGCCAGGCAUUGUGCUGGGCCUCACUUCUAUCUUCCGACCUCCUUUUGAGCAGAAGAACAAAUCUGCUCCCCACACUCCAGAUAAGGAAAGAGCCUCCUAGGGGCUGUGUUCACCCCCCCACCGUCUGACCUCAAAUAAUGCUAACGGUGCUCCUAUCUUGAGUCUUUUCUAUGGCCAGGCUGAGCAAUUUUCCGUGUUUUGUAUCACUGCAUUCUCACAGCAAGCCUAAAAGGGAUUAUACUCUCUCCACUUUACAGGUGAGUAAACGGAAACUGGGGAGGAAAAAGGAGCGGCCUGGAUUGAAAUCUAGGUCUGAAUGUUCCAAAGCCAACUCUUAAUCGGUAACGUAGGGGGCAGGGAGUGUUCCCGGCACCUACUGCCGGUGAGAGGGGUCACCCCCAUUUCCCGCCUGAUCCUGAGCCCCACACCCCUAAAAUGACUCCCCGUGGGAGUUAAAGGAGCAGGUUGUUUGGGGGGGGUGGUCCGCACCAUUCAAUUCUAGGGCUAGGUAAAAGGGGGUUCUCCUCUCUGUCACAACUUUCCUGGCUGUCUUAUCUAUUCGCCUGCCUUCCCCGGGGUACAACUCGGCGCGUCGCCACCACCCACCCGGGGGACCCGCGAGCCGCA